AUGUCAUUUAAUUACACUACCGAUACUGAAUAUGACUUUCUAUUUAAAAUAUUAAUUAUUGGUGAUAGUGGUGUGGGAAAGACCACAAUUCUACAACGGUUUGCUCAAGAUUAUUAUUCAACAGAAUAUGUAGCAACGAUCGGUGUUGAUUUUCAAAUUCGCACAUUAGAAAUCGAUUCUAAACGUUCUAAAUUACAAAUAUGGGAUACAGCUGGUCAAGAUCGUUUUAAAUGCGUUGUAUCAUCGUUUUAUCGUAAUGCACAUGGUGUUAUCAUUUGCUUUGAUUUAACUGACUUAGAAAGUUUUCGUAAUGUGAAUAAUUGGCUAGAAGAAGUAAAACGAUAUUGUCCAGAGCAAACGCCAACGUUUCUUAUCGGUACCAAAUCUGAUUUAAGAAUACGACGUAUGGUAUCUUCUGAUAUGAUCAAAUCUUAUGCUGAAAAAAAUAAUUUAUCCUACCUUGAAACAAGUUCAAAAACAAAUGAAAACGUUGAAAAAUGUUUUGUCGACUUUACACGAAUUUUAGUUACUCAUACUAAUCAAAUAGAAAUGAUUCAGAAAAAGAAUCAUAUACAAAAUCCCAGAGUUGAUUUAAAUGCUAAACGAAAAUCAGUCAAAAUUGAAGAAAAUAGCGUAUGUUUCGGUGGAAAUAAAUGUAUAAUUUAA